AUGGAUUGUAUAAGUGUUGAAAAGGUAGUAAAUGCUUUGGUUGAUCCAUUAAGGCAUUCUUUACAAGAUCAAGAUCAAUGUGUAAGACAAACUGCUGCAACAGUAUCAAAAUUACAUUUGUAUGAUGAAUUGUUAGUAGAAAUUGAAGGAUUUAUGGAUAUUGAGCCAGAAGUUCAGUAUGUGACACUUUGUAAUAUACUAUUAAUUAUUCAAAUAAGACCAGAUGUAUUAAGAAAUAAUAUUAAGAUUGAUUGGCUGAUUGGUUGUGAAAAUUCUACAGCAGAACUUUUCAUAGCAGCUUUACUAGAAAUUUAUCCAAAAAAAGUUAAUUAUGUUUUACCAUUGUCAUAA